AUGUACAAACGAACCGACGUUAUUGGACGAGGGAAGUUUGGGGUCGUCUACAAAGGUUACCACAAGACCACAAAACAUGUGGUGGCCAUAAAAGUACUUAAUCUAGACACGGAGCCUGAAGAAGUGGCAGAAGUCCAGCAGGAGAUUCAGUUUCUUUCUGAAAUAAAACAAGUUCCCAAUGUCACACACUACUACGGGUCGUUCCUAGUGGACACAAAGUUGUGGAUCAUCAUGGACUACUGUGCUGGAGGGCUGAUUCGUACGCUUUUGAAGCUGGGGGUGUUUGAAGAGCAGUACAUUGGAGUGGUACUACGUGAACUUUUGGUGGCUCUUCAAGCGGUUCACAAAUUAGGAGUAAUCCACCGAGACUUGAAGUCGGCCAAUGUGCUUAUUACGAACGAAGGAAAUGUCCAAUUGUGUGACUUUGGUGUGGCUGCUCGCAUCAGUCUGACCGCCAGUAAGCGCACCACCAUGGCUGGAACACCGUACUGGAUGGCUCCAGAAGUGAUUCGAGAAGGCGACACCUACAACGUCAAAGCAGAUAUAUGGUCUCUAGGUAUAACCUUGUACGAGCUUGCCACGGGGAACCCACCAUAUUGUGAUAAAGAUGCCCUGUGGGCAAUGCAAUUGAUCCUGAAACUGACUCCACCUCGAUUAGAAGGCCGUGAAUACUCUCCGGCUCUCAAGGAGGCAGUGGCUCUUUGUCUUGACGAAAACCCGCAAGAGAGACCCAUGGCUGAAGAGUUGUUCAAGUGUAAACUUGUGAAAAUGUACCGGUCGCACCCAACUCUGAUUCUCAAGGAGAUCAUCACUCGGUACCUUCUUUGGCGCGAUCUGCAUUCUCUGCGAGAGUCUGUUAUGAGACUAGAUGACGAGCGAAGCAUCAGUGAAGCCGAGGGCAUCCAGGUCAAAUGGGACUUUGACUCGUUGAGCAGCAAAGAAUAUAUUGUUGAGAACGACAUCGAUGUCAAUUGGGACUCCUACAACAGCGACGAACAGACCACUAUGCGUACAGAGGCAGGAACCUCUACCCAGCUAGGCACUGUCACCGCUCGUCAACUGCGAAAUGACCACAAUAGUACCAAUCCUUCUUCCAUCGCCGAAACCACCACCGCUCCAAAAUCAUUGAUGCUGCUCUUCCAAGACUCUGAUGAGCCCGAAAUUGAACCGCCCACCACAAUCCAGCUUCCCUCUGCAGACUCUCCCACCAUCGAGAUUCCUGACAUGGAUAAUCUUCCGCAUCACAAUAAACCCAACACAAGCUCGACGCCAACCUCAAAGCUAUUGAACAAGCCACCUCCACUUUACCAUUCUCAAUCUGCGUCUGCAUCCCUAGAUUCUCGAUUUUCAACAGGUGGUUCACCUUCAAACAGACCGCGCAAAAAAACCAUAUCCAAUACUGGUUCCAGCACCUCGUCCAUUUCCGUUCCUCAUGUGCCAUCCGCACCGCAAACACCUCCUCAUACUAUGACUUCUAUGUCUCCUUCUCAAUCUUCGCACAUUGCCAGUGCUAACCAUAGUCCACCCUCCAAAUCAAUGAAGGCCCUUCAACAUACAACCAAUCCGUUAUUGCAACCUAUAAACUUGAGCAAAGAAAAGGAGAGGGAGGAACCACACCAACAACUUCAACCACAGCCCCAACAACCUCAAUCCCAACCUCAAUCCCAACCUCAAUCCCAACUACAACAACAUCCAACUCAACCCCAACCGCAGUCUUCGGCGCAACCUAUUCAGCAGCAAGCUUCAACCGGUACUACCAAACGUAGACCUGGAUGGCACUUACAAAUGCCUUUGCCUUCUACAAACUACUCCAAUCUCCCCAAUCUCAACACAUCUUUUGACGGUGAAGUCAACCAGUUUGGAGUACCGGCACUGGCGAUGAAUGGUUCAGUGUCAAUGACUCCGGUUACGGAAACUGAGCGAGAUGUACGCAAAAAAAGUCACCUGCUUUCAGUUCCACCAGCUAUGAAUCGAGCCACUUCUGGAUCGUUUAGCGGUGCUGUUCCACCAGUGUCUGUAUCACCGGCUAUAACAAGUAAUCGCACUUUUCCUGCUAUUCCACCCAUCUCUGCUGAGUUCUUUAUUGACUCGACUCCUCGACACAAAUUGAUAAAUGAAUUGGAUACGAUGAUACGAUUGUUCAAUCAGGGUCUCGACUGCCUUGACGAGGUACUAUAG